UUUUUACAGGUUAUACAACAAAAUUAUUUGCAAAACUCUUGAAAAAUUGUUAACCGUAUCAGAAUAAUUCAUUACAUUUAUUAAAAUCAUUAAAGCAGUAGCACACUAGCAUAAUAUAUCUACUUCGGUAAUAUGGAGUAUCAGAAAGAUACAACUCAUGUAAUAAUUCAAUUUAAUAAAGAAACCAAACAAGGGAAAGCAAGCAUUGAUCUGGUACCAAUAUCUUGGACCUACAUUGAAAACAACACUUUAUAUUGUAAAUACCCAACAAAAGAAAAUUACCAUAAGAUUGAUAUAAUGAGUAAAGUUUCAUCGGCUCAUGAAACUUCAUGGAAAGGAUAUAAAAUUCAUGUAAUCAAAGAAGUUGGAAAUUAUGAACAAGGGGUUAGAAGAAUGAAUAGAGCAUUCUCAAACACAGUUAUCCAUAGUAGCAAUGCCGAGGAGAAAUAUAGUUCUGAAGAAGGUGAUGAUAUUGUUGAUUUAAGUGGAAAUGAGCUGAAAAAAUGUCUUAAAGAUAUUCCUUCCUAUGAUAUUGCAGAAAAAAAAAAUAAUGGUAACUGACCUUUCAAUUAUGAAUGACAUAAAUAACUAAUUUAUAUUUCAAUAAUUAUGUUAA